AUGAACUCGCUGUACUGGCUUGCUCCUUCGAACAACCCUCAAGAGACUACCUUCGAGACAGUCAUGGCUCAAUAUGCAACAAACACUCCGCCCACUCCCGCAAAGACGAUCAUUUCUAUCAGCAGCUCCUCUGGGACUUCUGAGAAUGGCGGAGACGAAUCUCAAGUCGAUGGAAGGAAUGACCUCGCCCUCUCCAGUGCAAGAGAACCCCACACCAUCGCCAAGCCCACCCCACUCGUCAAGAGCCUCCUCGAAAACCUGAGCGGAGAUCUAACCAAGAUCAUUAGCAGCAAAGAUGAUACCAUUGAACAGUUAUUCACCGAGUGCGAAUUGGCUCGGAGGAAUGCUUUGGAAGCUGAGAACUGUCACCUUCAAGAGAAAGCCGAAAUACUUCAAAGAGCAGGAUGCGACAUCGCCAAAGGUACCGCGCGUAUCUUGGAACUGCACUUGCGUGUCAAAGAUCUUGAAGGAGAAAAGACAGCUCUUGCAUCAACCUCUCAAGUCGAGAUUUUCCAGCUCAAAAAAGACAUCAUUGACCUGAAGGCGUGGAAGUCCGAGGCUGAGAGCAUUGUGGAGACCCUGCACAAGGAGAGAAGAGAAGCGAAAGCGGAAUUCGAAGAAGAAUUGGCAGCAAAGGACCAUCUACUCGAGCAAGCAAAGAUGAAAGCAAUGGAGGAUGGGAAAGGACUGGAAGCAAGAGAUAAGAGUGUCAAGGAGUUGAGCAACGAGAUCAUCCAGCUGAAUGGGCACAAAACCCAGCUCGCGAGCGAGGUCAAGGAGUUGAAAACGCGGGUGGAAGGCUACAAAAGGAAAUGGGACGCAUUCAAAGACAGCAUGGAUGAGGCUCUGUCUACAGAUGAACAUCUUAGUAAAAAGGCUGCCGUAGUUGAGCAUUGA